AUGGGGUUAUGUGCCCGAAUGGGCGGCCCACGGAGAAUCCAUAAAUUGAUCGGGAUCCCUUGCAAACCUCGAGGAUUUAUCGAAGAGUUUCCACUGUAUCGAGAAGAUCUCCCAUAUAUUCAUCUUUUUUUAUUCCCUUCAUUGUAUUUUUGUUGUCUUUUUAACAUGCUUGCUGGUGAUACUGAGGCUUGCGCUAUUCUUCUUUCCCGCAAAACGUGCUACCAAAUUGCUCGCACGGAAGCAGCAGUCUCCAAUGCUUCUGCGUCUGCAUUUUUGGCACUCUUCAUUCCCAUCGCUAUCGCUAUGGCGGUGGAGAUUGUUACAUUCAGCAUUAGAAGUGUGUUUGAUUGCGUGAUGGGUGACGAUAAACUUGGAAGUCAGUUUACGAUGGCAGGACUCGACACUAGAAAGUGGUAUCCUGUCACAGCCACGUCAGGUGGAGUGGGGCGGACCAGUUGGUUUCGGAAAAACAGGCAGAAUUAA